CAUCUCCGCUGCGGCCGCCUCGCUCUCCGCCGGCCGGCCGCCGCCCGCCAUGUACAGCUCCUACUCCUCCGCCGCCGCCCUCGCGCUCAGGGCCACCGCCAAGCCAUCCUCCUACGCCCAUUCCACUUGCCACCACCACCACCACCACCGCCACGGCGACGGCGAGUGCCACCAGCAGGAGCUGCUCCCGCUGAACCCUCGUGCGGUGGUGGGGCCCCGGUUUAUUCUCGAUGGCUACCUCCUCCGCCACUCGGCUCACCUCCUCCUCCUCUCCGCGCGGCUCCGGCCCCCACCCCCGCCGCAUCCGCCCCCGCCCUGUUGCCGCCGCCGGAGUGUACCGGCCCGCGGCUGCUGCUGCUGCGGCGGCGGGAGGUCCAUUGUUGGGCACGUUUCGUGGCGAUUGGAUCCGCGGGGGUGCCGGCGGAGCGGGCACGGCGCUGGGGGCUCGGAUCUCGGAGGCGUUUACCGUCGACUGGAGGCGCGUGGGUGCUGCUGCGGCGGCGGCGGAAGGUUGGAUCUCGGAGCGAGCUGUGGGCGGCGGGGUGCGCCGAGGCUGGUGGGGAGGGCGGUGCGGCAGGAGGUGUGGGAGUACGAGGGUGGCGAGUGGCCGCACGCAAGUUGUUCGGUGGAAUGCCACGCUGACUGGGAAGACGAAGAGGAGGAUUGUGGUCUUGUUCGGUGGGAGGCGCCGAGGAGGUUCCAUUCCAGUAGAAGAAGAUGGGAAGAGGACGGCGGUGAUAGAUGUAGGGAUUGUCAUCGGAGGAAGGAUGCAGAAAGCGAUCACUAUGGUGAAGAUGAGUAUAGUGGCCGACGAGGGGAGAGGAGGAAUACGAAUGAGAGGCAUGGUAGGUUUAGAGAUUCUGACCAGAGGAGGAGGGAUCAGAGGGACUACCAUGAUGAUGAUGAUUAUCUUGAAUUCAGGCGAUGGAAGGAGAGGAUGGAAAGGAGAGACGCUGAAUUUAAUGAUACGGUUACCAGGAGGCGAGUUGAAGAUGGAAGAUAUACCGAGGAUGACAGGGGAUAUGAUCAGAGAAGAGAAAGGAGGGAUUUUGGAUAUGAGGGUCCAGUUGAUGUCAGGAGACAAGGAGCUGGUAGGUACACAGAGAAUAACCAGAGGUCUGAUGGGAGAACAGAGAAUAGGGAUUAUGAAGUUGAUGUGAGGAGAGAAGGAAGGCACCGUAGAAAUGAUGAUCAAAGAUUUGUUACACAACACCAGCAGAGAACUGAUGAUACAGAGGAGGAAGAUGCUUCACUGUUGGAAUCACGUCGUUGGCAUGAUGAAGAGUAUGAUUAUGAUGAUCAUCGAGACAUUGCUGAGAGGAGGUACUACUCUGGGAAUAGGUCCCAGAAAUCUGCAAGAACAUCUGCAUUGCAUAAUGAUGAAUCUAACAGGGCUUCGAGCUCAAGGAACACAUUUGAUACAUGGGUUACAAGAAACAAGACAAAUUCAGCCUCGAGGGUGCGGUGGCAUGAUAAUGAGGACAGUCGAGCUGCGCGGACAUCUGAAGAGAGAGACCAACGGUAUUCUUCCUCAGUGGGUCGAUCGUAUGAUGAGAAACAUGAUUUUAACCAAGACGAUGCGCAGCUUGUCAGAGUAAGAGAAUCUAGGACAGGAACACGAGAUGUCAGGGUUGUAACUGAAGAUGAUACCAAUUUGGCCUCUAGUUCAAAGAACACCUUAGUAUCAAAGCACCGUAGCACUGUAGAUCAUAAAUCAACAGUACGGAAGGAUGACUCAAGGAAGAGCACGGAGCUAUCAGAAGUCAGAGGUACCAACACUGAACAUGAUUCAAGAACACAAAACUAUCACCAGGAAGAUAGUCAAAGGUACAUUGAAAACAUGGGUAGUGACACUAGAACACAGCUUGAUCAACAUGAUGAGGUGGAUCAACAGAUGGUUGCACUCACUGACUCACGGAGAAGGUCUGAAAAGCUCACAGAUAUAAAAAUGGAUAAUACUUGCGAUGUUAGCAGGACCUCUCUCACACAGAGAAAUUAUGAUGAAGUGAACCAGAUGGAUAUUGAUGACAGAUCUACUUCCGUUCACAAUAUAACUCAUAUUACAAGAGACAAGAAGAGGUAUGUAAAUGAGCAGGUAAUACAUGAAACAGACAUAGAUAUGCAGAAUGUUAGGCAUGUUGAUGUUUCCAAAGUUCAAGCUAGUGAUAUUUCUGUAUCUAGGAAUUCACAAAAUGCUUUGGAAACUAGAUCUGAUAUCGCAAAUAGCCAGCUAGAACAGAUCCAUGCUAGCAAUAGUCCUAUGGUUGGAGACCCACAAAGUUAUCUGGAGGCUGCACUGCACAACCAGGUACAGUCAACUUCAGCUACCAAUAUUGUUAACACGACAGCAGAGAAGCAUGGACAAGUUGAAUUUACUAAAGGUAGUACCAAUAAUGCUGUUAUAGUAAGUAUGUCUGAAAGUCAUAUGCAAACAAGAAUAAAAGAUGAACUUCAGUCAACUUCACCUGUAAAUACUAUUAGCAGUGUGCAAGAGCAGAUUGAUCUUACUAAAAUCCAUACUAGUGAUUCCACAGUUAUUAGAAGUUCCCAUGGUCUUGAUACUACAAGUGGUCAAGUUAGUAGAACUUCAGCUACAAAUUUUGUUGACAGGACAAGCAAGAGCCAAGAUAAGAGGGAUCAGCAAAGGACACAAGUUUCAAGUCUAGACAGAAAUGAUCAGUUAAGAUCCAAAUUUUAUGAAUCAUCCAAGGACACUAGAGAAAGUCUAGCAAGAUUGAAAGAGACUGGGAGAUUGAUGGAACAAAAUGUGGGUUUGAACUGGCAUCAGGGAGGGUCAAGCAGAAUUUCUGAUGACACAGAUAUUGCUACUUUGGAAAUACAGAACACUGAAGAUGGAGACAGAUCAUCUAUGGUAACUGUUGACGUGGAGAAAAUACCAAUGAUGAUUGGAGGAAGUGAACAAGAAGUAACGAGUGAUACUACUGCAGGAAGCAGCAUACCGAGUGGGUCGAGUGCAAGACAGCCUGUGAAUGAUAGCGUAUUAGAAUCAGCUGCGCGAUUGGAGAAAUCAUCUACGUUUCAUGUUGGACAGUUUGUUGGUGAGGUCCGCAAAGGAGUCUCAGAUGCAGGUACUACUUUAACAAGGAAAAGUGACAAGUCCAUAAUGGAAGGAACAAGAUCAUCAUCUAGAUCUAGAAUGAGGGGGCCAUCAGAUGAGAUGUGGGAUGUCCAAAGUGCUACUUCUCAAGAGACCUUUAAGACUGCUGAUAAGGAGGAAGGUUCCUCAGUUGAUGGAGGUACUACCUCGACUUCUCAGACACCCAUGAAUGAAAUUGCUCUUGCUAGAAAAGUUCACAAGUCGCUCUGGGCUUAUGUUGCAGAUAUAGUCCGUCUUGGUUGGAUUCAACGUGGGGAAUCUCAUGACUCUAGCAGCAACAGAUCAGUUAAGAAAAGUUCAUCAAGUAAUUCUCAGAAUACCGAUGGUUGGGUUUCUAGCCAGGAACGUGAUAAUGAAGGCAUACAAAAGAAAAAUGAAAAUCCUAAAUCAAAAGAUCAGUAUCUGAUGAAGUCACGCACUGGAGAAUCACUAAAGAGAGAAAGCUUACCUACUGGUUCACAAAGUUUCCAAAUAUCAGAAGCUGGCAAUGUACCUCAAAUAGAUACAUCUGAAGGAAACUUUAUAUCCAGAACUUCUAAAGACGAUGUACACAUGACAGCAGAAAGAGAAAAACAGUCAGAUGUGGCUGCAUCAACAAAACAAAAUUUGGUUGGAGGCUUUCCUGAGGACAGCACAACAACAUUAGAUGUUAUGCGAGAAAAAAUUCUUGAACAUGAAGCUGCUAGUUCAUCCGUGAUCAUGACAAAGGGUUCUACUGACAAUGACACUGGUAAAGGUGCGAUUGCUGGCAGCACCUCUUCAAUGCCCAUCAGCGCAGAGAGAGUUGGUUGGACCGCAGGUUCAGAUGACUGGAGAUACUAUCCUUCAGGUGCUAUGGCCCCAUAUCGUCAUCCUCAUACCCAGGUAAUGAAGCCUCAUGAAGAUACCUCAGCUUUUACCCUAGAAUCACCAGAGUUGCCUACUGGUGGUCCCACAAGGUUUGAAGAGAAGAUUAUUGUAGAAGAGAAUCCUGAAAUUAUCAGAACUGAAGGGAAAGAUGCGGAAUUUAAGAGGAGAAAAUUUCAGAGAAAUAAGCAGGUAAUGAAGGAGACCUUUGAUGAAUGGGAAGAAGCAUACCAGCGAGAUGCUGAACGGAGAAAGACUGAUGAGUUAUUCAUGAGGGAAGCGUUGCAUGAAGCUCAGAGGGCUGCAGAUAUGUGGGAGGUGCCAGUUGGAGCAGUGCUAGUACAGAAUGGAGAAAUUAUUGCUCGUGGAUGUAAUCUAGUUGAAGAUCUCAGGGAUUCAACUGCACAUGCUGAAAUUGUUUGCAUUAGAGAAGCUUCUAACAAACUUAAGACAUGGCGCCUAGCGGAUACAACGCUUUAUGUAACACUGGAGCCUUGUGCCAUGUGUGCUGGUGCUAUUCUUCAAGCUAGAGUUGAUACGGUUGUAUGGGGAGCCCCAAACAAACUUCUUGGAGCUGAUGGCAGCUGGGUUAGGCUUUUCCCUGGUGAUGUUCAAACAAGCACUUUGGAUUCAGCAAACCCAAACCAGGAUUCUGGACCUGUCCACCCUUUCCAUCCAAAGAUAUCCAUAAGGCGUGGCGUUCUCUCCACCGAGUGCUCAGAGAUAAUGCAGCAAUUCUUCCAUUUGAGGAGGAAGAAAAAACCUAAGCCGGAGUCCCCACCUCAUGCACACCAGCCAGGGCGCAAUCAUCCAGUCAAGUUCUUCAGUAAGAUGCAUCACAUGUUUGGCACAAUCUUCUGUAUUUAGAAGCAUUUCCUUUUCCUUCUAAAUUAAUUUGUCACGUUAAUUUCAGUCCCCUUUGUUUUGUGUGUGCUCUUUUUCCCCCCUGUUUCUCCUUGGUGCACUGAGUUUGCUGUAUAAUGUUAGAUGGGCGGUAAUUUGGGCCGAGGAAACCACCAUCAGUUUUCGCUGGCUUCGUGUGGUACUGUGGUUGGUUGGUUAGACUGUAGUUGUACAUUAAUAUUCCACUCUGUAAGCACCGAUUCUGUGGUGGUGGUUUUCCAUUUUAUUUCUCUUAUCUUUUUGGGAGGACAGAGGAAGGAAAUAAAUUGUGAAUAACAGGCCGGCAUAUGCAGUCUGCUUACUUGGAGAUUGUUUAUUUAGUUAGUUGCAUCAUCGAAGCUGAUAAAUAGCUUUUGGCCUUGCAGUGGAUGCAUAUCUGAAC